AAUGCGGAAGCGACUAUGAACGGCUACAGCGCCAACUGGUAUUAGUGUUUUUAUUCUUAAUUUCAGCCAUUAAUAUAUAGUCUAAAGUCCGUUUAUUAAAAACCGAAUUAGGUGGCUUUGUAAUACGUUGUUUUACAGUACUUCCAUCUUAAAAUGGGAUGUUAUGGCUUUCUAUCUUCCCCUAUAUUUGGGUAAAGCUUGUGGAAAGCGUCAUGUUUGCUAGCUAGCAUCUUUACAAACAAACCCGUCCCUUUAAGUGUCCGUCAAACAGCAACAUGAAAGUUCGCUCGUCCGUGUUUGCCUCGUUCAUUUUAAUAUUUGAGGGGAUUGGCGUGGCCCUCUUUCUGCGGGGGUUUUUCCCUGUCCCUCUCAAGUCUUCCGUCUCAUCCAAGAACAAGCUGUCAGACCUGCCGGUGGAGCCGCUGACAGGAAGUUCUCCCAACUCCUCCCGCCUCCCACAGCCCCUGUUUAAGAGGGUGGUUAUAAUGUUAGUGGAUGCUCUGCGGGAGGACUUUGUGUUUGGACCCAAUGGCCGCAUGUACAUGCCCUACACCCGACACCUGGUGGAGAGGGGCUCCUCACACAGCUUCGUGGCCAAGGCAAGACCCCCCACUGUCACCAUGCCCAGGAUCAAGGCUCUCACCACUGGCACUAUCCCAGGCUUCAUUGAUGUGGUAAUGAACCUGAAUUCUCCGGCACUGCUGGAAGACAACCUCAUCUGGCAAGCCAAAACAGCAGGGAAGAGGAUGGUCUUCUACGGGGAUGACACCUGGGUGCGCCUCUUCCCCAAACACUUCAUGGAGCACGAUGGCACCACCUCCUUCUUCGUAUCCGACUACACGGAGGUUGACAACAAUGUGACCCGUCACUUGGAUAGCACCCUGAAGAGAGACGAUUGGGACAUUCUGAUCCUGCACUAUCUGGGCCUGGACCACAUCGGCCACAUCAGCGGACCCCACAGCUCGCUCAUCCAGCCCAAACUGAUGGAGAUGGACGACAUCCUGAAGAAGAUUCACAGUGCCCUCAUUUCAAAGGAGGCCGAGGGGUCCUUGCCCUACCUGCUGGUGCUGUGCGGGGACCACGGCAUGUCGGAGACCGGCAGCCACGGAGGAUCCUCCGAGCCGGAGAUCAAUACGCCCCUGGUGCUCUUAAGUCCGGCCUUCAAAAGAAAAGCGGGCAUGGAGAAGCCUGGAGUGGUGGAGCAGGUGGACCUGCCUCCGACCCUGGCUCUGGGCCUUGGCCUGCCCAUAUCUCUGAACAGCGUGGGCCGCGUCAUCCCGGGCGUCCUGGAGGAGACCUCACUCCGAGACCAGCUGCGCUUCCUGCAUCUCAAUGGCCACCAGCUCAGCUGCCUGCUCAAAGACAGCGUACCCGAUUAUGAAAAAGAGGCAGGCUUCGAGCAGUUCCGCGUGGCUGAAAAGGCUCAUGGGAGCUGGAUGAAGCUCUUCCUGGAGGGCAACACCUCUGAGGUGCUCAGCAACAUGGGCAAAAAGGUCCUGAAGCAGUAUGUGGAGGCCCUGGCUGCCAUGAGCUCGGCUCUCAGCAAACAGCUGGGCAAGUACGACAUGUACUCCAUGAUCGCAGGCAUGGUGUUUGUGUUCCAGCUCCUGCUGGUCUUACUGCUGGCUAUGCCCGAGGCUCUGAGCGGUGACGCAGCGGUGGAACUUCCUGUUCUCUCAGCUCUGCUCUCGCUGCCUUUCUACCUCAUGUGCCUGCUGCUCGCCUCGGUGCACGUCUUGGUGUGCACAUCUGCUGAGAGCUCCUGUUACUUCUGCAGCCUCUCCUGGGGACUCGUGUUCGCCGCCGUCGCCUUCUCUUCAGCAAUGUUUUGUAUUCUGGUCUCUCUGGUAACGCGGAGACUCCCCCUAGGGGCGAGGAUUCACGGGAAGUCUCCAUUGAGGAGCAUUGGCAGUGAGUGGUCGCUGUCGGAGCUGGACGUGUUGCUGCUGGCCGGCACGGUGGGACACACUCUCAGCCUGGCAGCCAGCAGCUUCGUGGAGGAAGAGCACCAAACCUGGUACUUCCUGCUCAACACCCUCUGCCUCGCCGUCUUCCAGGACGUCUGCCGCAAGUACUUCAGAGAGCAGAGGGGCACUGGAGACGAAGAAGAGUCUAUCCUCCCUUCCAAAGACUGUCACCCCUCUCCUAAGGCAGAGAUUUACUCAGAGAAGUGGCUAGCGUUAGCCACACCGCCAUUCACUCUGCUCUGCUGCCGACUGCUGCGCUCCCUCAACCAGACCGGGGUGCAGUGGGCUCAUCUUCCUGACAUGGGACACUGGCUCAACAGCUCUGAACACCGGACCGUUCUCUCCCUGCUGGCUGCUUUCUGUUUGGUUUUUAUCUACCUCCUGGUUCAAAGACGAUGCUCAUGGGUUUCCAAGGUUGCCCUCGCCCUCGGACUUUUGGGUGUCUACAGCUACCGAGCAGCUGUCGGCAACGUCUUGUUUCCCUGGCAACACUCUGGCCGAACUACAUCCAAGGGAACAAUGGAGGCGCGCUUUGUGUACGUCUUCAUCUUGGGCAUCCUCUUCACGGGCACCAAAGACCUGCUGCGGUCCCAGAUCAUCACAUCAGAUGCCAGGUUGAAGAGCAGGGGAUUAUGGGAGAUUUACAGUGGCUUGGUCUUGUUGGUGACGCUGUUGUUUCGUGCUCACAACCUGCCGGUCCUCUGCUGCUGCCUGUUGAUCCAGACGCUCAUGGCCCAGUUCAUCUGGAAGAAGCUCCACUACGACGCGGCACAAACUACCAUCAUGCACUACUGGUUCGGACAGGCCUUCUUUUACUUUCAGGGCAAUUCGAACAACAUCGCCACCGUGGACAUUUCAGUGGGCUUCGUUGGACUGGAAAGUUACGUAGAAGCACCGGCCAUCUUCUUAACGGCCCUCAGCACUUAUGCGGGGCCCCUGCUCUGGGCGUGCCACCUGGUCUGCUUCCUCAGCUCACAGAGAGACAGGAGCCCGGUUGCAGUCGGCCAUGGCUGCUACUGUCUGGCCCUGCUGAGGUCUGUGCCCGCUGCAGCCUACAUCGUGCUGGUGACCGCUCUGCGCUACCAUCUCUUCAUAUGGAGCGUCUUUUCACCCAAAUUACUGUACGAGGCCAUGCACCUGCUGCUGACUGCGGGGGUCUGCCUCUUCUUCAACACCAUGGAGCAGAGCCACACUGCCAGUAAGUCUUAGGGGGCCAAACACGCAGUCCUUCCAUUACGGGGAGUCAAAAAGUCGUGAAAUAGUCUCUCUAUUCUACACGUAAGACGUUCAGACUGAUACACUACUGAUGCUCACAAAGGGUCCUUCCUUUGGUUCGCAAGAAAUACUUUGGAAUGCACUUAAAAUGUAUUUUUGAGCCGCUUGUUUAAAUAUUUUCCAAGUUGGAUGAAGAAUAAAAGUGAAAUUACGUCAAGAUUUUUGAAGAGGGAACCUUUUUUUUUUUACAUAUACAUACGUUAUAUUACCUCAGGGACUGCUGUACGGAGAACUAGAAGGUUCGACGUUGUGACUAAAUUGUGUUGGUGUUACAUGGAGAGCACCAUGUGUUGGGGGGGUAGUGAGCACGGGGUGAUGUGUGUGUGAUGAUGCAGCUCAGCUUGUUAGCUAGCACCUGCAUCCACACAGGUCUAAUUAAUGUGGCAGAGAAUGCUGAAAGUCACCUGAACUCAAUAUGUAUUUUGAACAGAGGACAUACGGACUUGAUCAAACGGCCAAUUCAGCAUACAAUCAUGCACUCUUUAUUUCCCCAGAUUAUAACUCAUAAUGGGGUAAAUAGAUACUACUUUUCUGGUUUUCACAAAAGUGCAUCAAAGUCAUAGCAACAUAUCGAAGACAAAGAAAUCCCCCUACAUUUAAUAACAUACAACAGGCCGAACUUUGAGGGUGAUAACGUCUGGAAAUUAAUAAAUGUUUGACAGUGAUUAUCAAAACUGAAUUUGCGUAAUAUUAUAAGGAAAUAAUAUGAAAUAUUAAAAUACACUUCAUGGCAGUUUGAGGACAUAUGUCUAAUGUUUGGUAGUAACACAAGUCAAAAUGUCUGCUGUGAAGUAAAGGUAUACAGUGGUGGAGGUACAGCAGGUAAUAUGGGACUGUUUCUCUUCAGAACCUUUCAGAUAUUCUUGUGAAAUCAUGUUUGUUUUGUUUUAAACCCUUUUUUUUCAACUAUUUAUUGAUUUUGAAACACAAAGCUUUGUCUGUGUGAAUAUUUGUUCUGUUUCUACUGAUAUGAAGGUGAGUGGGUUUAUACAUGUAAUGCUCAAACUAAAGAUGUGUGGAUGUUUUCAGAUCAGAUAGACUAACACGUUCAUGUUUCUUACUUCAAGGUAUCUGAUGAGAUGCAUGGCUGCCAAAGCAUAACGCCUUUACUGCAAUAACUAGAUUAGAAAUCUCUUACUAAACUUAAUGCUUUCAUAAAACAAAUAAAGGCAGUCGGGAGGCAUCAUUCAUUCACCUACUACACACACACACACACUUUCCUAUUGUUUUCUAUACUCCCCACACUGCUCAGUAUGAUGUGUAUUUGAAUAUAGAAGAAUACAAAUCCUGAAGUUAGUGUAAUUGGAUGACCUUGACAUAUGGCAAAUAAGUGAUGAAAGAAAAAUACAAAUCGGAAAAUAUUUCAUGAAAAAUACAGGAAUUGUUUUUAGGCAGCAAAUAACAGUACAAUAAAACAAUUGUAUUUAGGAGAUAAAUUGCAUUAAAAAAAACUGUCAACAGAGGACUUAGGAAACGAUAGGAUAAUCAAAUAAUAAAUAAUUGGUCAGGAUCCAGUGCAGGUUAACUUCAACGUGGCUGCUAUGCUCGGUCUUUUUCCUCUUCUAGUCAAGGUGAGACACUCGGGCCAAUUUAGAAUUUUGGGCCGUUUUGCUUCCCUGUUGGCUUUUUUCCAUGACUAGUGUAAAAAAACAUCCAUGUGACAUACCUAUGUGUUUAUUUAACUCACUUUGUAUGUAGUUAACAUUACACAAGGCCUCAUGUUCAUAUUUAAACAUAACAUUUCAGAAAAUCUACAAAAACAUUUGAAUAGUUAAAUAUUUUACCCUAUUCUCUUGUUACUACUGGCAACAGAGUUGGAUGGAAGACAUAGAAGAGCAGUGUGUCACUUUUUCAGUAUUAAUGGCGCACAUUCAUUAAUGAAUUAUAAGAUAGUAUCGUACUGUAUUACUACAGUAUUUCACUGCUUGCUUGGAUUCCAUCUCGAAAGUCAUUCAGAAGAAAAUGGAAAUAUGCAAACAGCAGUUACAGUGAAGAAUUAUGUAAAUGUCUCUUCAAACUUCGUUCAUGUCAUAAACCCAUUCAUUUAAUUUAUUUCUGAAAAAUAGCCCCCACUGUACACUGUAGUACCGUCCUAGUGUUUUAUUGCAGCAAAAAUAAAAGCCCCGACCUCUCUCCCAGCAGCUAUUCUGCUGAGUCAUGUCUGCCUGAUGUCGAUGAACAGCUGUGACUACUUCAAAGCUCCUUCCUGAUUAUAACCUGCCAGUUCUUACAUCAUCACCCUUUGAGACUUGUCGGCCAAGUGCAAAGAUUUAUUGUUGGAGUCACAGUGUGCAACUUUCUCCCCUCGAGGCAGAAAAAGGCAGUUGUUGGUUCCCGCCCCCAAUGCUUGUCACUCACCUUGAUGAGCUGUCUGCCUUGAAACAGCAUCUCGCCCGGGGCUAGGAUCACUGACAUCCCCCCGAGGUGCAGCGGAGAAGCAGCUGCCAAAGUGGGGAUGGGGUGGAAAGAAAAGCCCUGCUGGUGUUCAGAUAGUUUCUGCAUUUUUGACUGCGCGCCUCACACUUUUUUUGUUUUGCUGCUAGUUGCUGUGACUCACCUUGACAGGCACAACCUCGACGUUGAGCAUACCCACAGCAAACUGAAUUGAAAUGCCCUGAACAAAAUUGAAAAGUCAGACAAACAAGAGGAUUUACAUUUGAAUACACAGGGUCACUGACAGACAAGUGCUGCAUAUGGAUCACUUUAGCUCGUCUGCAUCAGAAGCAGGUCUCCACUUUGAGGUGUGAAAAUCUGAAGCUGAAAGCACCCCGUUUUAAAUUGACAGCAUACUGUUGUAAAGUGCCUUCUUCCCUAUUCAGUUGAACAGAAAUAACGUUUGAUGGAAAUAGUUUAUGAACCAAGUAAUAAUAACUAAUAUCUACUAAAGGGCAGUCAGUAGAGUGCAGAUCUCCCCCAGGUGUGUCUCUCCCCUCCCCUAUCAAAGAAUGACAGGUUUAAUCUCACUAUAUCGUGACUCCCUUACAGUCAAGAUUAUGGAAAAGAAAGAAAAACAAUUAUUUAUUUAUGCUUAACUUUAGUGGAUCAUCAUUUAUCGGCUGUGGAAUUAAUCUGACCAUGCCCAGUUCAACAUGAGCUCCCAUAGAAGUCACAAUGUGGCAUCAACCGACCAGUUGAGGCUCUGUCUCAAUUUAGACGCUGUCCUUCCAUCGCCAUGUCGUGUGAACACUUGCGCAGUGUGUGCAUCUCGAGGUAGUGUUGUGUCAAUAUCUCAGUUUCUCAUAUCAUUGUAAGCCAUAGCAUAUUGACCUGCGUCACAUCUUUUCUGAGGUGGAUGGAUCUUCUGUUCUGAAAGUACAAAUGAAUGUAGUCAUAUCGCACAAGAUAAAUGAUGUUUGAUACAUCAGCGUCCCUCUGCAUCUCAUCAGCUAACUUACUAAAACAAAACCUCCACUUUAGUUUGGUGGAGUUUGAAAACUUGUGAAGUACUUCGGGACACUGAGUUUGAUAAUAUUAUUACAUCGACCAUUUGUCUUGGUGUUGGCAGCAGAUUCAGCGCCAGCGGCCAGCAAUGUGAUUUGUUAUUCCUCUGGUUUUCUGCUGAUGGAGUUGGAGGGUCUGUGAGGGGCAUUUGUCAGGUUAUUUUCUUUUUCCAUUCAUAUUUACACUUCUAUUCAUUCUUGACAUGACAUGAACUUAUUGAAGGACAUCAACACUUCCCACAGUGACUCUGAGCUUCAGUCAGGUACAAGUAGAGGAGCCAAAAGAGGGUUUUUAUUUACUCAACAGUCAUGGAAUAUGAAUACAUCUGAAUAGCUAGAGGGUCAAACUGUAAUGAACACCAAUGGAACAGGGAAAACAAUCGGGUAGUAACGACAGGUGCAUCAUUUCUCUACAUAGUUUAAUGUUGUCUUCCUCCUGGAGCCUGGAGUAACUCCUGACUGCAGCAGUGCAAGAAGAAGCCUCCGAGCAGCUUCUCACAAAUCUGAUGGGACCGCGCUUCCUGUGUGAAAUCAUUCCUCUGUAUCCAAAAACCACCAGGCUGUGAAAUGGAUCAGAAUAAUUGUUUCCACAUGGUUGAGAACCUUUAAACACGUGUUGCCGAUGCCGUUAUACAUCCCAGGAAAGGUGGACUGAUUUGUGUGUUGUGUUUUUCAACUCCAAUUUGUAGAAAUGAGUGUACAGGUUAUCAGCCUUCAUAUCAAUAUCCCGCCUCCUUUCUUGGCAAUUUAUCUUAUGUGUUUGUAUUUCUAUUAUUGUUUUCCGUUUUCAGCUAAUGUUGUCUUUUUUUUUAUCCUGUAUAAUCUGUGUUGAGGUGUUUUUUUUUUUCCUUUUUUGUUUUUGUUGCAAAUGAAGAAAAGUGACGAAUGACUUUUUCCCUCUGAAUCAUUAUUAAUCAACUCCUCCUGAAUUAUGAAUGUGCUUAAUAAUGAAAUAAAUUAUUUCCAACACCGUA